GAAGCAGUUCGCGUAAAGCAAUACAAAAUAUGAUGGCACCAGGAAGAUUUGUGUUCCUGUGCCUUGUUCUGCUGUUAGGUGUCUGUUACGGCCAGCCCCCACAGUCUGAUGCUGGCACUGGACUAGUAGCUGGAUCUUUAGGAUUAGGACUUAUUACUCUUGCAGGACUUUCAGCUUCUAAUGCAGUUUUAGCUGGCCAAGUUCAAAAUCUCCGAAGAAAUUGUAAUGCAGCUGAUUGCUCGGAUUGUGAGGAGAAACUGAAAAAGUGUCUGGAGGAGAAGGAACGAAUCCAGAAAGAUUUAAUCGAAACGGAAAAUGAUUUAGAAGAGGCAAAGGAAACAAUCGACCUACAGACUACAACUAUCCAAAAUUUAAAUCAACAAGUUGCAG